GGGGCCACCGCGGAGGUCCCAGCACAGGAUCCCGCCUCAGGGAGAGGAGGGCAGGUGCCGGCCUUCCUGCCCUUGUCUUUUCCGCGCAGGGUCGGCCAGGGGUUGUCGCCGACUCCCGCGCGCAGGAUGAAGAACUAUAAAGCAAUUGGCAAAAUAGGAGAGGGAACAUUUUCUGAAGUCAUGAAGAUGCAGAGCCUGAGAGAUGGAAACUACUAUGCGUGUAAGCAAAUGAAACAGCACUUUGAAAGUAUUGAGCAGGUGAACAACCUACGAGAGGUACAAGCACUGAGGCGUCUGAAUCCACACCCAAACAUUCUUACGUUGCAUGAAGUAGUUUUUGACAGAAAAUCUGGUUCUCUUGCACUUAUAUGUGAACUUAUGGACAUGAAUAUUUAUGAGCUUAUACGAGGAAGAAGACAUCCAUUAUCAGAAAAAAAAAUCAGGCACUAUAUGUAUCAGUUAUGCAGAUCCCUUGAUCACAUGCACAGAAAUGGAAUAUUUCACAGAGAUGUAAAACCAGAAAAUAUACUCAUAAAGCAGGAUGUCCUGAAACUGGGGGACUUUGGGUCCUGCCGGAGUGUCUAUUCCAAGCAGCCGUACACGGAAUACAUCUCCACCCGCUGGUACCGGGCCCCGGAGUGUCUCCUCACUGAUGGCUUCUACACAUACAAGAUGGACCUGUGGAGUGCAGGAUGUGUGUUCUAUGAGAUCGCCAGUCUGCAGCCCCUCUUCCCUGGAGCAAAUGAACUGGACCAGAUCUCAAAAAUCCAUGAUGUCAUUGGCACACCCGCUCAGAAGACCCUCACCAAGUUCAAACAGUCGAGAGCUAUGAGUUUUGAUUUUCCUUUUAAAAAGGGAUCAGGAAUACCUCAACUGACAACCACUUUGUCCCCGCAAUGUCUCUCCCUCCUGCACGCAAUGGUGGCCUAUGACCCUGACGAGCGCAUCGCUGCCCACCAGGCCCUGCUGCAUCCCUACUUCCAGGAGCAGAGGGUGACUGAGAAGCAUGCCCUGGCCAGCCACAGAAGGGCUUUCUUUCCAGAGCACCCCAUGGGGCCCGAACUACUUGGUCUCAACGGGCAGUUCUCAAAGGAGGGCAGAAGGCAGAAACAGCCCCUGAGGCAAGAGGAGGACCACGGCAAGAGACGGGGACCGGCCUGCCUGAUGGAACUGCCCAAAUUGAGGCUUUCGGGAGUGACCAAGCUGUCAUACUCCAGCCCCACACUGCAGUCAGUGUUCAGUUCUGGGACGAACGGAAGAGUCCCCAUGUUGAGACCCUUGAAGUGCUUGGGUGCCAACAAGAAGAUAGACACACAGAAGGACAUCAAGCCUAGCCUGAAACAGUGCCGCCUGCCCACCAUCGACAGGAGAGGCGGAGGGUGCUGAGGCAGCCCGCGCCUCCUCCGAGUAAGAGCAGGCGCCGUGAGGGCAGGCCCAUGCCGCUCCGCGUGGAACGAGGCCCAGAACAUGCCUGGCACCAGCUCCCCGGGACACCUGGUGCCAACAUGCUGCCUGGGCCACCUGCUCUGGGCUGCCAUGUGGCCCCAUGUGCUUGCCCCCAGGGCAGCUGCGCUGCAUGUCCAGUCCAAUGCAUUGGUGACACCUCCUCCAGGGUUUCAUUUCAUUCUCAUGACGUAGGAUGUGGAGAAAAUAUUUUGUAUCUCUUCUGAGUCAAAACAGACGCUCGGUGCCUUCUGUCCUGUAGGGUCAGGCUUGUGGGAGAGGCUCACCGUGGGCCACACCUUGCUGAGCUUUACCAGUGCUACUGGGGGACGUCCCCAGGAUUGUAGUGAUGCCUUACAGACUAUGCUGUUGGAGACCCCUGAAUUUUAUUAAAAAAUAAGCUGUCAUUGCAGUUCCUCAUCUCUGCAGUCUCUGAGUCGGACUCGGGUCCUCAUUAACCACUGCUGCGUCAGCCUCUGCAGGCCAAUCGGGCCACUGACGUUGGGAACACUUUAAUGUGGCUUCUGCUUCACUUGAGAAAAGCACUAAGUAAGGGUCAAAUGGAGUUGAGUCACAGCUGGCGGCCGUGCCACAGUGGGAGCUCAGGCCGCUCUGUCUGCCAAGCCCCAGCCUCGAGUGGCCGUGGGAUUUCGGCUCCAGUGAGUGGUGUCCUCCCGGGCGUGUGGGCAUUGCCAGGUUGCCAGUGGUGCUUUGAGCUUUGUUUCAUGAGGGCCAAGAGGAAGUUGGGCACAAAAAGAAACCCUGGGGCUGGGGCUGAGUGGCAGAGCGCUUGCCUUGCUUGCAUGAGGAUUUGAUGCUCAGCACCGCAUAAAAAUAAAUAGAUGUGUCCAUCCACGACUAAAAUGUAUACGCAUCUAUAAAACCCUCUCCCCGUGGGGGUGGGACAGGAACGUGGCAAGAAGAGGUGGUGCUUUGCGAACUCAGGGUGAGGCACUAGCAGGCUGCUUAGGGGCAGGAGCAGAACCCCGCCAGGCGGUUUCUGUGUGUGGUGCUGAGGGUGGAGUGCAGGGCCUCACUGUGCUAGGCCUGUGCCCCACGAGGAGCUGCACCCCAGCCUCUGCUAAGCCCCUCUGCCUUGAAAUGUAACCUAGUCAUUGAAUGUUCAUUCUAUUUUCUCAAACUCACAAUAUUAAAAGGAAAACUGAAUUUA